AUGUCGACCCUUGCUAAGCUCCUCGUUCUUUUCACCCUCGCUCUCUCCGUCAACAGUCUUGCGACUCCCCACGUUGUUCGUAGCCCCCAUGGUCACCGUGCCCUCGCUGCCCGUAUGGCCGUCGCUGAGCCCGUUCCUGCGGUAGAGCCGUAUGGCGUCAAGGUUGUAACGCCCAAACGUAAGCGUGGUGAUACUGGCAGAUGUCGUGCGAGAUCUAGUAGUGCUACUGGCCAGGGUACUUUCUACCAGAUCGGUCUCGGCGCUUGCGGUGUAACAAACGGUGGAAAUGACAAGAUUGCCGCAGUCUCCCACUUGCUAUUCGAUGCCUUCCCUGGCUAUGACGGAGUUAACCCAAACUCUAACCCUGUCUGUGGCAAGUCCAUUACCCUCACCUACCAAGGCAAGAGUACGACCGUCAAAAUUGAGGACCGCUGUGAAGCAUGUGCUCUUACCGAUAUCGACCUUGCCCCAUCUGCCUUUGAGCAAAUUGCAGAUUUCUCCGUGGGCCGUAUCUCCGGUAUGACCUGGGUCUGGAACGACUAAACUACUUCAUGCCUUGGUUAACGUCCAGUUACGGCAUGUCCCUCACGGCCAACACUAAACAAAUACCCGCCCUUGCACAAAACAUGGACUCCACCAAUUCUCCCCCUUCCUUGUGCCACCUCCAUGUUUGAUAUCCUGGCACUCUUGCUUUCUGUUUAUCCUUUCUUCGUUCUCUCUUAUUGUCUUUCCUUAUUCCGACACGUCAGUGAUGUGUCCUUUUACGCCGAUGCGUGAGAGCUAGGGAUCUAUAUCCACUCGAUGCGUGUAUUGCUUUGACAAGUGUUAAAGUACGGGAUUUACUUAGCAGAUGUUUAUUGCAGUCUUUAUUUGGGUUUCUAUUAGUGUAAAAGUGUGAGCUGGCGCUCAGGAAUAAAUAAAUGCAAACUCCACGUUGGGGCACUUUU